UUUCUGUAUUCACCUUUCAAAAUUUUAUAUCUUCUUCAUCAAAAAGUUGAAGUGAAUUAGCAGUGGAGAAAAGAAGCAAUGGUGGUGCUAAGUUCAUCCCCUCAAAAAAAAAGUUCAUCUCCAACUCUCUAUCAUUUCCCUCCGCGCUACAGAAUUGGAUUGAGGGUAUCAACCCUCGUUAAAGCCUUCUCCGCUGACCGCAACAACAGUGUAAGAACAAGCUACGAAGGAGUCAGAUUAGAGGAGAAAGUUGAAGAUGUAGCCGCCGCAAAAACCAGACUCGACGCUUGGAUUUCGUCCAAAAUUAACGGAAUCAGCAGAGUUCGUGUUCAAUCAAGUAUUCGCGCUGGUCUUGUCUCCGUCAAUGGCCGCGUUAUCGAUAAGGCAUCAUAUGCUGUUAGAAUGGGAGAUGAAGUCAACUGCACUAUAGCAAAAUUGGAACCACUGAAGGCUGAUGCAGAGGAGAUACCUUUGGACAUUACUUAUGAGGACGAUCAUGUUUUAGUUGUGAAUAAACCUCCACAUAUGGUUGUCCACCCUGCUCCUGGAAAUGCAAGGGGUACUCUCGUUAAUGCAAUCUUGAACCAUUGCAGUCUCCCAACUAUUGCAUUAAGUGAUGUUGGAUGGUCUUCUGAGGUGGACGAUGUGUCUGAGCAUGAUCUCAAUAUUGAUGUGCAUCCUGCAGAUAAACUUUCUUGUGAAGAGACAUCUUCCUGCUCAAUUCGCCCAGGGAUAGUGCACAGGCUAGAUAAAGGCACUAGUGGAUUACUGGUAGUUGCUAAGGAUGAACACUCUCAUGCCUGUUUGGCAGAGCAAUUUAAGGCCCAUACAGUGAGUAGAGUUUACUUAAGUGUGACUGCUGGGGUUCCUACUUCUGCUUCUGGUCGUGUUGAGGUUUCAAUUGCUCGUGAUUUAAAUAAUCGAAUUCGGAUGACUGCUGCUGUUGCUGGACGUAAUUACUCUGGAUCUGCAAGACAUGCUGCAAGUAGGUAUAAAGUGCUUGAGGUACUAGCCAAUGGCGGUGCAGCAUUGGUUGAGUGGAGACUAGAAACUGGGCGCACACAUCAGAUUCGGGUACAUGCAAAGUACAUUGGCUUUCCUUUACUGGGAGAUGAAUUGUAUGGAGGAACCAAGGACAUGGCCUUGUCGCUGCUUCGACCAAGAACCCCAUCUAUCCGUCAUUUUCAGCUCGGUGAUUUGCUUUCCAGCAUAGAGAGACCUUGUCUCCAUGCUAUGGUUCUUGGGUUUAAGCAUCCAUGGACUGGGGAGUACAUGCAUUUCUCAUGCCCUCCACCUGUUGAUUUUUCUGGUGUACUGAGUCAGCUACGCAGUAUCUCAAAAUAGAAAGUGCCCAAGUUCAAAACCAGCUAUAUUAUCAAAUGCUGCUCGAUGCUGAUACCAAAUGUUCUUGUCAAGAUUUUUCUAAGUGGUACUCUAAUCAACUCUUCUUAUAAACCACCAACAAGCACCAGCACGCUGAAUGUGGCAAGGACAAUGGCAGGUAGAAACUAACACGAACCAAUUUCACUUUAGAGGACUAUACAGUAGGUCAUUUAAUUAUAUGCUUUUCAGGCUAGUGCAAUAUGAACGGAGGCUGGAGUUAUGAAGUAAAUGUUUUCCUUGAAAUAUGUUGUUUCUAGGAGUAUGGAGUACCAUGUUCCCCCCAUAGCUUGUGCACCACAUGUGCUGAUCGAUGUGGUGCAUCAUACCUUCCACGUGUUAAGCAUGUGGUACUUUAUUCCGGAGGGGGUUGGGUUUAUCUUUCUUCCGGAGGGGGUUGAGUUUUAUCAGAUAACAUUUCUGCCAAGGAAAUUCAGUGUUGUCACCCCAGAAAAUGGCGUCAAAGUGAGAAGAUGAACAAUAUCAGGGCUGACUACUAAAUGAUCUCCUGAUGUGUUGUGUAAAUUGGUAUGUUUUCUGUUGAAUUCAUGCAUAACCAAUAUCUUGGUGUUGCUAGGCUAUACAUUGUUAACUCUGUAGUUAACAGAUAUUUGUGGAAAAGUUUGACAAUUUUUAUGAAGGCGCUUAUACGAGGGACAAAGGGUGGAUCAUAUGUGCAACAUUAGCUUCUGGCUGAUGGGAAAAUUAUCAGCUCGAGGAACUUGUGAAAAGUAGCUCUUUCGUUUUUCAAUAGAUGUAUUACAUUGAUUUUUUUCACAUCCACAAAAAAAUUGUCUUUUGAUAUUAUUUCUAUUAGAAAAAUAUUAUUUUAUCAUUGUGCCUUAUUUGCAAUUGGUUUUUGUAAAUAAUUGCAAUGAUUAGUAAUUAUGUUGUAAAGCUACUAUUUAAAAUUA